CCCGCCUCUCGCCACUGCCUCCCGUCUUCUCUCCCUCACGGCAGCCUCCGUCUCUUUCUCCCUCUCUCCUUUGAAAACUGAUCUUUGGCUCUUAGUGUGAAAGUGAUUUGAAUUUGGCUCGGCGGCGCUCUGCGCCUGCGCCCAGCCUCUGGCAUGCUGGCUCCUUCCAAGCAGCUGUUUUGGGUUUGAAAUUCCAACAUGGCAGAGGCUGCAGUCCGUCUUCCCUUCAAAAACUUGGAAUGAUUUCAAAUCAUAGGCACCUUCACUUAACCCUAGCUUCCAUUCAUCAGCAAACACAUCGGAUCGAUGCUACGCUAACCUAUCGGGUUUUCGCUCCGCGCGUUCAGGUUAAAUGAAUACCUGACGAAAGGGCCCACGUUUCAAGGCAGUGACAUUUGAUAGCUGAGAGGAAAAGUGGCUUUAAUGAAAAGCAACCUUUGGAAUUCCUGCUUGUGAGAAAUCCAAUUCAGCUUUUUGUGCUGCCAGCAAGAAAUGAUCAGUAGCACCAGUGUUUAUGGCUUGAAGAUGCAGUGGACGCCGGAGCAUGCCCAGUGGCCAGAACAGCACUUUGACAUCACCUCCACCACUCGGUCUCCUGCCCACAAAGUUGAAGCUUACAGAGGUCAUCUGCAGCGCACCUACCAGUAUGCCUGGGCAAAUGAUGACAUAUCUGCUCUGACUGCAUCCAACCUACUAAAAAAAUAUGCAGAGAAGUAUUCUGGCAUUUUGGAAGGCCCCGUGGACCGACCUGUACUCAGCAACUACUCUGAUGCGCCAUCAGGACUAGUGAACGGUCGGAAAAAUGAAAGCGAACCGUGGCAGCCUUCCUUGAAUUCAGACGCUGUUUAUCCCAUGAACUGUGUUCCGGAUGUUAUCACUGCCAGCAAAGCUGGAGUCAGUUCAGCCCUCCCUCCAGCAGAUGUCUCUGCAAGUAUAGGGAGCUCUCCUGGGGUGGCCAGCAACCUGACAGAGCCUAGUUAUUCAAGUAGUACCUGUGGAAGCCACACUGUACCUAGUCUUCAUACAGGGCUCCCAUCUCAGGAAUAUGCCCCAGGAUACAACGGCUCAUAUUUGCAUUCUACUUACAGCAGCCAGCCAGCACCUGCACUUCCUUCACCUCAUCCUUCUCCCUUGCAUAGCUCUGGGCUCCUACAGCCACCACCUCCUCCUCCACCGCCACCAGCCCUGGUCCCAGGCUACAAUGGGACUUCUAACCUCUCCAGUUAUAGCUAUCCCUCUGCUAGCUAUCCUCCUCAUACUGCUGUGGGAUCUGGGUACAGCCCUGGGGGUGCACCCCCUCCUCCUUCAGCAUACCUGCCUUCAGGAAUUCCUGCUCCCACCCCCCUGCCCCCCACCACUGUUCCUGGCUACACCUACCAGGGUCAUGGUUUGACACCUAUCGCACCCGCGGCUCUGACAAACAGUUCGGCAAGUUCUCUCAAAAGGAAAGCUUUCUAUAUGGCAGGGCAAGGAGACAUGGACUCCAGUUAUGGAAAUUACAGCUAUGGCCAACAGAGAUCUACACAGAGUCCUAUGUACAGAAUGCCCGACAACAGCAUUUCAAACUCAAAUCGGGGGAAUGGCUUUGACAGAAGUGCUGAAACAUCAUCCUUAGCAUUUAAGCCAACGAAGCAGCUAAUGUCCUCUGAACAGCAAAGGAAAUUCAGCAGCCAGUCCAGUAGGGCUCUGACCCCUCCUUCCUACAGUACUGCUAAAAAUUCAUUGGGAUCGAGAUCCAGUGAACCCUUCGGGAAGUACACUUCACCAGUAAUGAGUGAGCAUGGGGAUGAGCACAGGCAGCUCCUCUCUCAUCCAAUGCAAGGCCCUGGACUCCGUGCAGCUACCUCAUCCAACCACUCUGCGGACGAGCAACUGAAGAAUACUGACACGCACCUCAUUGACCUGGUAACCAACGAGAUUAUCACCCAAGGACCGCCAGUGGACUGGAAUGACAUUGCUGGUCUCGACCUGGUAAAGGCUGUCAUUAAAGAGGAGGUUUUAUGGCCAGUGUUGAGGUCAGAUGCAUUCAGUGGACUGACGGCCUUACCUCGGAGCAUCCUUUUAUUUGGACCUCGGGGAACAGGCAAAACAUUAUUGGGCAGAUGCAUAGCUAGUCAGCUGGGGGCCACGUUUUUCAAAAUUGCUGGUUCUGGACUUAUCACCAAGUGGUUAGGAGAAGCAGAGAAAAUUAUCCACGCCUCUUUCCUUGUGGCCAGGUGUCGCCAGCCCUCGGUGAUUUUUGUCAGUGACAUUGACAUGCUUCUCUCCUCUCAAGUGAGUGAGGAACACAGUCCAGUCAGUCGGAUGAGAACCGAAUUUCUGAUGCAGCUGGACACUGUACUAACUUCGGCUGAGGACCAAAUCGUAGUAAUUUGUGCCACCAGUAAACCAGAAGAAAUAGAUGAAUCUCUUCGGAGGUACUUCAUGAAACGACUUUUAAUCCCACUUCCUGACAGCACAGCGAGGCACCAGAUAAUAGUACAACUGCUCUCACAGCACAAUUACUGUCUCAAUGACAAGGAGUUUGCACUGCUCGUCCAGCGCACAGAAGGCUUUUCUGGACUAGACGUGGCUCAUUUGUGUCAGGAAGCAGCGGUGGGCCCUCUCCAUGCCAUGCCAGCCACAGACCUUUCAGCCAUUAUGCCCAGCCAGUUGAGACCCGUUACAUAUCAAGACUUUGAAAAUGCUUUCUGCAAGAUUCAGCCUAGCAUAUCUCAAAAAGAGCUUGAUAUGUAUGUUGAAUGGAACAAAAUGUUUGGUUGCAGUCAGUGAUAACUUCUUUAAAAAAAAUGUAAUGAAUGUUGGCACACACACAUAAAACCUGCUACAUAGGGUAUAGAGCCCCUUUCCAGUAGUGUUUGAAUUGCAAAGGGUACUGGGGAAGAAGACGAUUAAGUUGCAUCUUUAGAGUCAGGGUAGAUUUGGAGGAAAAAUGCAUCCAAUGAGAGCUUCUGAUUUGAAAGCCCCAGAUGACAUAAAGCAUCUGCUGAUGCUCAGUUCGGUUCAAGCUAGACAACACUCACCAAGGAGCAAGGUGCAAGUGUGUUGAUUUCAGAAGGACAUGAACCUCGUGUGUUGAUUCCAUUCUGCUGUUCUCGAGAUUUAGUUGCUGUCAAGUGCCUGGAGUGGUGCUUUAUUUUUUGUUUGCCUCACAAUUACAUUGGUGGCAUGUGCUAAUAUAAAGAGCUUUAACUUCAAACAUUAUUGGACUAAAGAGAUGAAUGGUUGUGUUUCGACAGAAAACCAGAUUUUUGCCAUUUUAAGAGCAACAGUAUUCCUCAAUCCUGUCUGUUCUGCAGUAUUAAGCUAAGAACAGGUAAAACAGGGUAACGGUAAUCUGGACCUUAAUUUCUGCAGUUCAUUUCUUUUAAUGUUCUUGUCUGCAAAAACUCAGGAAAGUGAUUGUGAUUUGUACAGUACCUCAAAGGAAUGUGUUGAAAGCACUAUGUACUGCUGAGAGUAAUGGGAUAGGCUUCAAUGUUACUUUAUAUUAAAAUGUAUGUUUACCUCAACAAUUGGAAAAUAGCAAGGAAAAUUACUUUGAAUGUAUCCAGAAAAAUACUGAGUGUGAUACAACUGAAUAUUUACAACUUAAAGUAAAAAUGGAAGGAUUUUUUUUUAAAGGUUCUUUCACUAAUUAUGGGGAAUUGACCAGAGCAGAAUAAUUCUUUAUAUCAAUACCUGCAAGAGUUCUUCGUACAUUGCUCCUUGAUAAUGAAGUGAAAAUGUUCUUAGAAGGUACACUGGUUAAUGGAAAGCUACUUAUACAGUCUGUGUUAGUGUCUAGAACAGUCAGCCACAAGACCCGUUUAGGACCCUGAAAGUCACAGUACCUAAAAACUAGGACUGCCUUUUCCUGCAGAGCUGGUAAUGGUGGUGGUGAUUUGCAAGUUCUCUCUGAAACUGCUGGGAAUGGUGUCAUCCUAUUCACUAAUCUAGCUUAUAGGCUUGCCGUGCUGUUUGACAGAAUGCAGAAGAUAGCAACCAAAACAAACAAGCAAACAAAUAAAUACAGAAAACAACCAACCAACUUAUAUAUCUGCAAAGAAUAUAUCUACGUCCCCUCUCCUUCUUGACUCCUCUCUUGUCAGUGCAAUUUUGCUUCUCAUUUUGAAAUCUUCUGGGCUGUAGUGCUCCCACAUUCAUUUCUACCUCAGUUUUGUUGCAUUUCUCUUGGAAAGUCAAAUAGAAAAUUGGAAGUAGACACACACACACACACACACACACACACACAAAUAUAGCUUGCCAAACAUGUUACUUUGUUUUCUUCUAUCUUUUCCCAUAAAUCUAGUUUCCAAAAAACAUCAGCCUUCAUGCUCACUUCCACAGAAGUCCACCCUCACCCCAACAGCAUAUGUGGCAUUUUUCUCAAUUUCCCAUUCCUCAUCUGCUCCCCACCAAGUUGUUCUUUGUAUCCUUUAAUGCUUUAUGUGCAACUUUUCAUUGCUAGGUGACUGAUGUUUGGCAAUGCCUCUGAACAGACACGGUGUAGGCUGUAGCCUUCCAAAGCCACUGCCCGUGCAUAAGCAGAAUAGCCUGGCUUUUUGAAUGUAUUUUUCCUGGUUUUUUUUUUUCCUUCCUUUUUUUAGUUGAGAGAUGCAGUAACAAAACUGUUGCAAAGCACUGGCAUUUUAUGUAUUCAAAAAGUGAUGUACAUUUUUAAAAAUUUUAAAUAAAUGCAAUGAGAAGCCCU